AGCUAUUUUUAAGUUUGAAGCGCGAAGUGUCCCCAGUUCUGCUUCUGAUAGUGGCAGCGGAGAAGGAGAUGACAUAGACGUUUUUUCUGUUGGUAGUCCUGGCGACACAAUGCCAGUCUCGCCUGUGAAACCUCCCAAGAGUCCCACAAAACAGGCGGGCAAGAAGAAAGGAAGGCCGCCGGCAGGGUCAUCAUCCAAGUCGAAAGCUCGGGUGGUGCACACCGCAACUCGUACCCUGUAUACUGCUGGCAGACCUCCAUGGUACAACUUCAUGGGGCAGAUGACCAACACCUUUGUGAUAGGUAUUUGUGGAGGCAGUGCGUCUGGUAAGACAACGGUUGCUCGCAAGAUAAUUGAAGCUCUUGAUGUUCCAUGGGUCAGCCUUCUCAGCAUGGAUUCAUUUUAUAAGGUGCUGAACCAAGAACAACACGAACAAGCUGCCACCAACGAAUACAACUUUGAUCAUCCGGACGCCUUUGAUUUUGAACUGCUUGUGGAAACCUUGUCUCGUUUGAGGGAAGGAAAAAAUGUUGAAGUUCCAAUUUAUAACUUUUCUACACAUGCCAGAGAAUCUCACAUGAAAACUAUAUACGGUGCUAAUGUUGUCAUUUUUGAAGGUAUCAUGAGUUUUGUAUGCAAAGAGCUUUUACAGUUGAUGGAUAUAAAGGUUUUUGUGGACACAGACUCUGAUAUCAGACUAGCGAGGCGAUUAAUGAGGGACAUAUCGGACCGUGGACGAGGCCUUGCAGGUGUUUUGAAACAGUAUAACAACUUUGUCAAGCCUGCGUUCGAACACUACAUUGAGCCAACAAUGUCAUGUGCAGACAUCAUUGUUCCAAGAGGAGGCGAGAAUGAUGUUGCUAUUGACCUGAUUGUGAGACAUGUUCAUACACAGUUGCUCAAGAGAGGUUAUAAGCUUAGAUCUAAACUGGCUCAGGUAACCAUGAAUGGAGACGCUAUGCCUAACAGUUUAUAUGUAUUGGAAAGCACCUCACAAGUUCAGGGACUUCACACAUUUAUUAGAAACAAAGACACCCCUCGGGAUGAGUUCAUCUUCUAUUCGAAAAGACUGAUGCGUCUUCUGUUUGAAUUAGCCAGAUCUUUGCUUCCUUUUAAGACAGUAAAACUGGAAUCGGGCCAUAAUCCACCAUAUGCAGGGAAACGGCUGGCUGCUGUUAAGUUAUCUGGAGUGUCGAUCUUGCGAGCCGGUGAAACCAUGGAACAAGCUCUUUGUGAGGUUUAUAAGGAAGUGAAUAUUGGGAAAAUAUUAAUCCAGACAAACUUUGACACAGGUGAACCAGAGCUGCACUACCUGAGACUUCCGAAAGACAUUAAAGAUCACUACAUUAUGUUGUUGGAUGCCACAGUGGCGACGGGGGCGGCGGCCAUGAUGGCAAUCCGCGUGUUGCUCGACCACGAUGUGCCAGAGGAAAACAUCACACUGUGUUCUUUGUUGAUGGCAAAGUCAGGUGUGUACUCGGUUGCAUAUGCCUUUCCGAAAGUGAAAAUUGUUACAACAGCAGUGGACAAUGUCGUGAACGAGAAAUUCCAUAUUCUACCAGGCAUAGGUAACUUUGGUGAUCGCUAUUUUGGGACGGACUUAGUAACAGAAUCUUACUGAAUAAUUCUGGACUUGCUAUCAGGAUAGUUCAUGGGACCAAAGAUCUCUCUCGUCCAUCCACUGUUGCUGUGAUGUAUUCGUAACAUCAUUGUCCGUUGCCAUUUCAUUUUCAUAUCAUUUAGAUUGUCAGUAUCAAUGGCCUUGAUUUAUUCCUUAACGUCAGUUACCAUGAUGCAUUCAUAAAGAGUGCCAUCAGUUAACAUGAUAUACUCAUAUACUCAAUGCUGCCACCUGUCGUGAUGUAUUCCUAUUUAGUGUAUCAGGGAUCAUGAUAUAUUCAUAACGUACAGAUCAGUUGCUAUAUAGUAUUUGAUAUAUUGAUAACCAUUGCCAUGUAAUUGCCAGUCCAUCGCUCUAAUUUUUUCUGAUGUGUGUGCAACAUUAUUACAUUGAUAUCAGUUGCCAAGUUGUAUUUACAACAUUACAGCACGGAUGUCGGCUGUCACAAUAUAUUCUUUACAUUGGUAUUGAUUAUCUGUGACAUGGUCAUAAAAUCUGUUCGUUGAUGUCAACUUAAUCUCUUCAUUGAUGCAUCUUUGGAUGAUAGUAAACAAAAUGUUUGUUGGUGAAAGAUGCAUGUUAAUGUUAUGUUCCCAACUGUUUUUCUAAACAACAUAAAAAUGGUGAGAUUAAUUGAUGAAUAACAGAAACUCAUGUGACUGUCACACAGGUAUGCUUCAAUCAGAUGUUAAUAAGCCAAAAUAUGUAAUGGAGAAUGUACAAGGAGAUGUAGAUUCAUGAAAAAUAAUUCACGAGCCCCAUAAUUAAUUGCUUUUUUCAUGAAUCUACACUUCCGAGUGCAUUCUCCAACUUAAUCCAUUACUCAUUAAAACAAAUUACGUCAUUGCUAAAUUAACUUCUAUUUUAUCUUUUAUAAUGAAAAUAUUGGUUAAAAUGGCAAAGAACAUUUACAAAACUAAUAACCCCAAACCUGUAGGAUCCUUUUGGACCUGACCUGAAUGAUUCAGUCAGGAAAUCCCCAGCAGUGGAUGGCUGGUGUCAAGUAUAAUCUCUGAUUUCCGAUUUAGUUUCCGACAAGCUUCGUUGUGUUCCACUAGAAUAUAUUACUCUCACUGGUAUCAGGUUUAAAAGGCUUAAAUUACAUAUUUAUUUGAUGAUGCAUAUGCUUGGCCUCGUGGGCUAAAGCAUUGUACUUUUUUUACAGUGAAUAUGUUCUGUCAGUAGUGGGUUCGAAUCCCUGACCUGAAUGCAUAAAAAGUUCAAAUCGUAUUGUUUCGCAGGUGUUAAUUCUUGAAAAAUAAUCUAUACUUAGAACAAUAGUGUGACGUCUCAGGUAUGGAUUAAUAUAAGAUAUAACACAUUAAGUUGUAAUGAAGUAAAAUUGGCAUUUUUUAAGGUCCUGUUGCAAUUUUCUAGGUUGGCAAAAAAGUUUAUUUUUUUUCAUUUGUUUUGCAAGAAGAAACUAUGUUUAAAUUAGAAAUGCUGUGAAAACAAUUGGCGACUUAAUUCAUAUGCAUUUUCUGUGACAAUCAUAGGUAUUCUUAAAUUAGCUUCCAGUUAUUGUUCACUGUUUUCUUUUAUUUUACAUAGCAUUUCAAGAGAUAUGCAAUUGUGGAAAAAACAAAGUAGCCAGUUGUGAUCCAGUAGUAAGCUACUGAUCAGCUUAAUUAACAAAAUUUUGUCUUGUAACUAUUACUGACCUUAUGGUAAUGUCAUUCAAGCCUUGAAAUAAGCGGUCGGUCACGGUCAUUGUCCGGUACAAAUUUGUAACUUGUCAGUAACAAUGUCGAUUGCAUCGGUCACCAUGUCCGAAGCUCGCAUUGUAGUAAAAGCCGUUGUUUUGGAGUCGAAUACACUUAAUGCACUGAUUAAAAAACAAAUUGAUUACGAAUGAAAAAAACACAAAUGUGUACCAGUGGGAUUCGAACCGGUUCGCGGGGCACUUGACAGUCCAACAUGAAGUUCAUCUACAGUCUGUGUACCUGUUUAAUAGGAUUUUUCAUAGUCUCGAUUUUGUGGGAACUUACAUUGUGAAAAGUGAUGUCACGCAUAUUAGUAAUUGACCUUUCGUACUUAGUAUAUACUUCCUGUGGCGUUUUCGUUUAAAGUUUGCAAUUCAAUUGCCUCGUGGUUAACAAUUAAAAGAUGUUGAACAAAAUAACUCCAGUCUUUGCUGUAAAAGAACAGACAGGUACCGAUAAUGACAAAACAACUGCCCCUGUUUCCAGUAUCCGCUCAAUGCGGCCUCCGAUUAAAUCGUGCCCCGGAAAUUCCCAAACAAAUAUCUUGCGGAGUAGGAUCUUAAAAUCUAGCACUGAACUAAAAUGGUAAAAGGAGGAUUUAGUUAAUACAAAUGCCUCUUUGUGGCUACAGUUUGAAGAAAACACCGAAGGCGAGGAUACACUUAUGAUGUGUUCGCUCUGCAAAAAAUUUCCAAAAGAAAUGCAGUAUAAUUACGAUUUUUCGGACGCAUGGAUCAAAGGGUCCACAAAUCCAUGUAUCAAAUGCUAAAAAUCACUUGGCAACCAAAAAUAUAGAAUAUUACCACAAACAAGACACUGAUGACAUUGAAAAAAAUGGAUGAGUCUGAGUCAGAUCAUCAUGAAUAUGAAAGUUCAACACAAAGUGAUAGUGACAGCAGUUUCAUGGGUUUCUUAAGCCCUAUCCUAACCGGCCGCAAGCGAUGCGAGCGAUUAUUGCCGCAUCCUAACUGCGUGCGCGCGACGCGGCAUAUAAAGGUGUCGCACGCGUGCGGUUAGGAUACGACAAUUGAAAUCCAUGAUUUCUAAAAUUAUAGCUUGCGGCCGGUUAGGAUACAGCUUUACCAGAGGACAUAUAUUAAUAGACUAGUAAGUAUGUAACAAUAAUAAAUGUUAUCAUUUGGUGACUAUUGCCUUAAUUGCUGCAUUGGUUAUUUAGUAAUUAAAUAUAUCAAUUAUUAUUUCAUUUUUAUUUACAAUGUUUUGUGACAGGUACAAUUUCUUUUAUGUCGGGCACAAAUUGAUUGGUGCAGGACAUUGUGUCAGGUACACCAAUUUUUUUUAUUUCAAGGCUUGUCAUUCAAGUAAGCAUCGUUUUGUUAGCUACUGUGUGGAUAGCGAGAAUAUUACAUGAGUGUCCAGUUCAUAUUAUAUUUAUGACAUGAGUGCCUAAAUUUCUAAUAUACCCCAAGCAAUAGAUAUAAUAUGAGCUGAAUGCAAAUGGCAUUGGAAUAUUUUAAGCCAUCCCAUUGGCUGUUGGGAUGUUAGGGCCAGUGUAAUUUCUUAGGUGGAAAAUGCUAUUUGUUUGUGGCCAGGCUAAGUAUUCAUAAAAAGAGAAGAAAAGAAAAGUUUUCUGUAGUUUUAUUUUCAGAAACAAAUUGUGGAGAAAAAAUGGAAAUAAAAAUUUGGGCUGAGUGACUAUAGAAGCCUUUCAAGGACCUAAUGAAAUAGCCAGUGUACAUCACUGGCGUACGUCAUAUUGAAUGUAAAUGACAAUUAGCUUUUUCAUGGAUAAAUGUGGUUGGUUAGAUGACAAAAACUGGAAAAGUCUCCAUCAAAUUUGUUUGUGUGCGCAUGGGUGGGUUGGUGUGUGCAUGCAUGCAUGCAUCAAAGCUCUGAUGAAUGUUAUGUUUUGUGCAAUAAUAUGUUGCUUCACAGCGCAGGUGUGGUUUGGUGUCCUGUGUUUUUUAUUCCCAUUACUUGGCAUUUUAAGAAAUAUACAGUAACCUUUACAACUGUACACAUUUGAUUCAUCAAAAUGUAUCAGCAUCCACUUUAUACUAGAGGAGAAAACAUUACUGAUCAGUGCUUCUUUCUCUGUCUAUGUGGAUUGAAUAUUAUGUUGUCUGGUUAAAAAGUGAGCAUUUAAAUAUGUAUGUAUAUACGUAUGUGUUCCAAAUAUUUUUUUAUAAGUGACACUUCCACAACUUCUACUCAGGUUACAGUGUUACCUUUCAGUCUGUAACUACAUUCUGAAAGCACUGCCAUUUUCAAAAUGUUUUUUUAUUUGUUACACGACUGUGUAUGGUGCCAUUCUUUGUCAUUGUAAAGAUGUAAAGUAUGGAUUCUCAGUUUAAAAAUCAUUUUCAUGUUGGAUUAACAGGAUAAAAAAAGAAAAAAAAGAGGUCAGAUUGAGCAGGGUAUUUCAAUGUUGUAAUCAAAUAUCAUCAUUCAAUGUUGUAUCUAAUUAUUUAGAUUCUGCAUUUAUGGUGCUCUUUAACAAUUAUGUAAUGUAUCAUUUGGCUGUAUUAUACCCUUCCUCUCCCCACCCCAAUAUAACGUUUUCAAGAAUUCCUCCCUUUUCUUCCCCAUCCCUGUCUAAAAUUGUAACACUUGACAAUCCCACCUGUCCAUUUUUAGAGAUGACAAAAAGUUUCUAGAUUUUUUCAGAAUUCCAGAUUUUUAAUAGUCUGUAUAGUGUUUCUAGUUUUUUUGCUAUUUGUCCAAAAUGUUCCGUAUUUCCAUCAAAACUUACAAUAUGGUUUUUGCUGGUACUUUGCAUGCGUUCUGAAUGGGGGCCUCCAUUUUAGACCAUCGUACAACCCUAACCCUAGGGCCAAGAUCGGUACACAAACAUUAAUAUUAAAAUUUGCUGAUUUAAAAAAAAGAGUAAAAUUCUGUAACCCACUUUUAUCUCUGCAUUUUACUGUUACUUAAACAUAAUUUGACAGUCAUUAAGUUUGAGGGGUUUUUUUAAUUAUCUGUUUGUUUGAUAUUAAUAAGUAAAUUUAAAAAAUCAUAUUAAUCUAAAAAUUGGCCGUUACUGUGUGAAUAAAAGUGACACACAACCCCUCCAUUUUUAAUGCAUCUGAUAUUUCUUACCUCCCUCUUCCUGCUCCAACCACAAGCAUUACAUAAUUGUUGAACUGUCCUGUUUGAACAUUGAGCUAGAAAGUUUGAAUCUCAACCUAAUCAGUACUAUUUGCAUGGACUUAAGGAUCUGAGUUGAGCUCUGAAAUCAAACAUUUGUAAACUCGGGGACUGUCAUAAUGCUGGUAUUGUCUUCAUCUUCAGUGUGAAGUUUAACAAAGGGAAUGAAGUGGUCUGUUCUAAAGCUUCCCAUUUCAUAUUUAACAAUCCACAUUAGCUACUUACAUAACUGUUAGUAAGAACAGCAUUAAUUUAUAGGUAACUUUUUGUAAAUGGUAGAACUUUUAAAUAUUGAGCCAUUUAAGUAAAACUAGUUAGUAAUAAUACAUUGUUUUGUUAACUUUUGAAUUCUCAGAUUUCAGUACUGUGGUAAACACGUGUUUGCAAUCACACUAUGUCUAUAGGUGAUUUUCAUAUUAACUGAUAUGUGUAUUGAAGUAAGCUUACAUAACUGGUAUAUGUUUUACUAUCCUCUGUUUUUAUUGUGCUAUAUAUACUUUUUUUCGGUGAAAUGUGCACCAAUUGUAAAAUCUUUAAUAAAUAAGUGUAUUCAGGGGAGAUAAUAUUAUAUUGUGUUAUAGAUGGCGCCACCUGCAUCAGACUAGCUUAAGGUUUUGUAAAGUGAAGUCACAGUUGUUGUGUUGAUAAAAAAGAAAAAAAAUUCAUCAAAAAUGUUGUUUCUAGAUAACUUGUUGGAUGUUACUGCUGCCUAUAAACUUAUGUGAUAGUAGACAUCUCUUUACUACAUGACAUUAACCUCAGUAAUGUGUUUUUUAUCUGCAUAUUAACACUAUUUGUAAAUUGAUUGACAUUGCUAACCUACACUUAAUACUUGAUUUGGCUUUGGACAUGUUUGUUUCAAGUGUGGUGCGUUGACACUGUUUGUAAAUGAACUGAUAUUGCUACGUUAUGCUUGAUACUUGGUUUGACCUGGGCCGAGUAUCAAGCAUGCUGAUUAUUCGUGGUUAGACAGUUAUUUGUCGAAGUAUCAAGUCUGCUGGUUAUUCCUGAUUGAACAGUAUUUGGCUAAGUUCCGUGUAUGCCGAUUGUUUGUGAUGAGACAGUAUUUACAAACUACUAUGACUGCUAUCUUUGGCAAACAGCUUAAGACUUGCACUCAUAGCGAGAUCUUUGCUAGCUUGAUGUAUUUUGGUUAAUUAUAUAAAUGUUUAGAUUACAAUUAGAUGUGACUGGAUAAUAAAGAAAUUUCAGGACUACCUAGCCUAGAUGAAUGAAUGAAUGAAUGAAUGUUUAAUGAAACCCAAGCACAAAAAAUACGUUGAUUGUUCAUUCUAUAAAAUGACGGACUGCAGUAAAAUAAAGAAUCUGGGUUAGGUAAUAUAGCAUAAUAUCCAGUUAAGAUAGAAAUGGACCUUUUUUAGACAAGUUAAGUAAUUGUCUGCCCUUCCCAACUAAUUAUGGCUUUGGUCUUGCAUUUAAAAUUAUAUAUCUGGCUAAUAAAAAAGGUACAGGUCGUUUUUGGGUUGUCAUUUUAGCUGGACUAUUGCCUAAACUAUUGCAUAAGUUGAUGUAUUUUUAGGAUGUGUGUUUCAAGUUUAACGUCAAAAGAAAUUGAAGUAUUUUCUUUCAUUCCUGUGGGUUUGGACCAAUCUCAUUUGAUUUAAAACAAAAUAAUGUUUCCACCACAGUAUGCAUUUCUUUAUUUUGA